UCUCCCUCCAUUUUUUUUUUCUGGAUCGCAACUAUUUUCUAUUCUUAUUACUCUUUUUUUUUUUUUCGUUUGUUGCUGAGAUAUUAAUAGAUAUCGCUGUGCUGAUUCUGUACGACUUGUUAUAAAAAAUUCGUAGGACUUGCUCAAAAGCUACAGCUGUCUUUUCUUAGGUGUGGCGUCGUUUGUUUACCUAUUUAGUUAUUAUGGCGUAAUUUAUCUGUGUGGAGACUUGGAGAUAAAGAUGGCUGUUGUUGUUGAUUCGUUGAUGGCGACGACAGUUCAGCUCAAGUGUCAAAUCCCCGUAUUUAUAUACAUUUCUUGUUACUUCGCUGAACGAUUAUAGCGGUUUCGAAAUAGCCGGGCGUCGGUGCGUUUGGCGUCUGGACUCGUAUCUAUCCUUCUGGGUUUGGAGAUUGUUGAGAGGUUUUGUGACUACCGGUUUGGUUCGCCUCCUGGAUCGAAUUGGUAGCCCCGUUAAAACAAGAAAGAUAAUGCCGGACAAGGAAUUCUUCACGGAAUAUGGUGAGGCAAGUCAGUAUGAGAUUCAGGAAGUAAUCGGCAAGGGAAGCUAUGGCAUUGUUGCAUCAGCGAUUGACACUCAUUCUGGAGAAAGGGUAGCUAUCAAGAAGAUCAAUAAUGUUUUUGAGCAUGUUUCUGAUGCUAUACGCAUUCUUAGAGAAAUUAAGCUGCUCAGGCUGCUCAAACAUCCUGAUAUAGUAGAAAUAAAGCAUAUAAUGCUUCCUCCAUGCCCAAGAGAAUUUAAGGAUAUAUAUGUCGUCUUUGAACUGAUGGAAUCUGAUCUUCACCAAGUAAUUAAGUUCAAUGAUGAUCUCAGUCCUGGCCACCAUCAGUUUUUCUUGUACCAGCUUCUUCGAGCCCUGAAGUACAUACAUACAGCCAAUGUCUUCCAUCGUGAUCUGAAGCCAAAAAACAUACUUGCUAAUGCAGACUGCAAGCUGAAGAUUUGUGACUUUGGGCUUGCUCGUGCUUCAUUUAGUGAUACACCAACUGCUAUAUUUUGGACUGAUUAUGUGGCAACUCGAUGGUACCGUGCUCCUGAACUGUGUGGCUGUUUUUACUCGAAGUACACCCCUGCUGUUGACAUCUGGAGCAUAGGAUGUAUAUUUGCUGAAAUGCUCACAGGCAAACCUUUGUUUCCUGGGAAGAAUGUCGUGCAACAAUUGGAUCUCAUUACUGAUUUGCUUGGCACCCCUUCUUAUGAAUCGAUUGCUAGGAUACGGAAUGAAAAAGCUAGAAGAUAUCUAACUAGUUUGAAGAAGAAGCCAUCAGUUCCCUUUUCAAAAAAAUUUCCUGAUUCAGAUCCAUUGGCUCUCCGUCUGCUAGAACGUUUGCUUGCUUUUGAUCCUGAAGAUCGCAUUUCUGCUGAAGAGGCUUUAGCUGAUCCGUACUUUCAAGGGUUGGCCAAUGUUGACUGUGAGCCGUCGAUGAAACACAUUCCAAAGCUAGAAUUUGAGUUUGAGCGGAGAAAACUGACAAAAGAUGAUGUGAGGGAGCUGGUCUACCGAGAGAUUUUGGAGUAUCAUCCACAGAUGUUGAAGGAGUACCUUCAAGGGGCUGAGCAAAUACAUUUCAUGUAUCCAAGUGGAGUUGAUCAAUUCAGGCAACAAUUCGCUGAACUUGAGGAAGACUCUGGUAAAGCUCGAAGAAGUACGCCACUGCACAGAAAGCAUGCCUCCUUACCCAGGGAGCGGGUCUGUCAACCCAAAGAGGAGACUCUGGAGCAAUGCAACCAGUCUGGAAAGCGUACCUCUACUUCUGUUUGCCGUGCAUCACUUCAUAGUCCUCCAGGUCUACAAAGUAUUGGGAGUCUGGAAUCUGCUUUAAAAAAUGGUUGUAGUGUUCAGGACGGUUUGACCAGGCCCGGAUACAGCUCUCAUAUCCUUUUAAGGAGUUCCAGCAUGGGUGCUCACACAUGCUCAAGCAUGAAAGGGAAAAGUUGCGAGGCUGAUUCGACUUUCAACCGAAAUGGAGAGCUGGUGAAGGGUUUCUAGUACAAGGAAAAAAGAAGUGAAAACUGCAUAUUGUAAUGCAAAGUACCGGUGACAUGAUUUUUGUGUUUGGUCUCUUGGUGCUUAUUUGGGAUAAUGGUGACUUGCCUCCAUUCACGCAGCAUUAAUGCUGCUAUCAGCCCAUUGAUGAUGACGAAACAUUAGUUCCUAGGGAAAUAAGAAAUGAACAUAAGCAUAUGCUUUGUUUCUAUUUGCAAAUGGAAAUUCCACUUUAGAAGGGACCGGAAAGUUCGGCCAAAGUGAAUGCUGUUAUCCUAGGGUAUGACAGUAGACAAAGGCGACGGUCUUCUUUAUGUUUGUUAUGGCUUUGUAAUUGAAUGCUGGAACCGUUUUGAGGUUCAUUCCAACUUCCUAGUUGAAUUUAAUCCCCCUGAAUGGCGAUGCGAUCCGU